UCCCGUCGCCGCGCGCUCAGUCGGGCUCGCACCUUCCCUGCCGACGGUGGCCGGAGCGGGCUGGGAGCCCAGCGGCGGGGCUGCAGAGCUGGCCGAGCCUGGAGACCCGCGGCCUCGGGCGCCUUCACGCCGACUCGGAGUGGAUAGUGCUGUGAGGUGCCGCGCGGGCCGAGCCGGCUGGAUCUGCGGGUAACGGGCCGGGACUGCGUGUGCCCUCGGGAGGCGUCCGUGCGGGGCGUCCCGCCCUCGGGCAGCGGCUGGGAGCGUCGGGGUGGCUGGUUUCUCCUCUUCGUGGAAGGGGUUGGAUGAUGUCCCUGGCUCUCCAGGACGCCCCUCCUUGGCUGUAACUGCAGGAAGGCCUCUUAAACCCCGGCUCAUCUCCCAGCCACUUCUGGAAGCUACUUGAGAAAAAAAAAAAUGAUGUGACAGAUCCUAUCAGAAAGGAUUUUCGGAAACCUAACACCUUCGAAGAAAGUGGCCCUUUUCCCUUUCUCAAAGUAGACAUUCUCCAAUUCCAAAAUGCCAGCCAAGACCCCGAUUUACCUAAAAGCUGCCAAUAACAAGAAAGGCAAGAAAUUUAAACUGAGGGACAUUUUGUCCCCCGAUAUGAUUAGCCCUCCCCUCGGAGACUUCCGCCACACCAUUCACAUCGGCAAAGAAGGCCAGCAUGACGUCUUCGGCGACAUCUCGUUCUUGCAAGGGAACUACGAGCUGCUCCCAGGAAACCAGGAGAGAGCGCGCCUGGGCCCGUUCCCGGGGCACAGCGAGUUCCUGCGGGCCAACAGUACCUCCGACUCCGUGUUCACGGACACGCCCUCCCCCGUGCUCAAAAACGCCAUCUCCCUCCCGACCAUCGGAGGGUCGCAGGCGCUCAUGUUGCCCUUGCUGUCGCCGGUGACGUUUCAUUCCAAACAGGAGUCCUUUGGGCCGGCCAAGCUGCCCCGGCUUAGCUGUGAGCCGGUCGUGGAGGAAAAGGCCCCGGAGAAGAGCAGUCUGCUGGGGAACGGGACGGGCCACCAGGGAGACGUCUCGUGGGGCUCCAGCGGCUCCGCGUCGCAGUCCAGCCAGGGCAGGGACAGCCACUCCUCCAGCCUCUCCGAACAGUACCCCGACUGGCCGGCUGAGGACAUGUUUGACCAUCCCGCCCCAUGCCAGCUUGUCAAGGAGAAGACAAAGUCGGAGGAGUCCCUCUCUGACCUCACAGGUUCCCUCCUCUCCCUACAGCUCGAUUUGGGGCCCUCCUUUUUGGAUGAGGUGCUGAAUGUCAUGGAUAAAAAUAAGUAACGGACACCGCCGACUCUUGGCCUUUGGGGGGAGAAGGUAUCAAAAAAUAAAAACUAAACUAAACCACAGUCGAAGAGAAGAGCUUCACUGGCUAUGUGUGCAGUUUGUGUGAUGGGUUUUCUAAGAUAAUGUUCCUACGAAAUAUUUUUUGUACCUAUUAUGCCCUGUUUGCAAAAACAGAAAGGCAAAAAACAAAAACAAAAACAAAAAACGUCCUGGCAGAAAGGAAGUGAGUCAUUCAGAACCCAUUUUCGGCGGGUAUUGCUGAUGUUCAGCUCACAUUUUUUAUUUCCAGAAACGUAAGAACUCUGGCUCGGCCAGGAUUGGCACUAGCUACGAAGGGCUGCUCAAGUCACGUUAAAGAACUUGACAAUACUCCAGCAUUUUCUGAGCAAGAAGUCAAAAUUUAUUUAACACCUAAGCCUUUUUUUCUAGACUCUUUUCUAUAUUACGUUAUUUGGGCUCAUCAUAGCAAAUUCUUCAGUGUUAAAACUGUUCUCUGUUCUCACAUUUGAACAACUCUAUGGGUUUGGGGGAUUUUCUCAUAGCUCUUAUAUAUCCCUAUAUAUUAUAUCUAUAUCGCGCAAUUUUGACCGUCAGCUACAUGUUGGUAAGACACAAGCAAAGUAUUACUGUAACUAAGUUAUUUUUAAAGUUAAAAUAUAUUUUUAUGUGCCUUUGGCUUUUUAUUGCAGAGUCUACAUUUUAUAGAUACUACAUCAAAUGUUGUCAUUUGACUUGUCUCCAUUGGGGUUCCAUUGUAAGCUGCGUAUGUAUAUGUUUGGAAAAGUGUAUUCAUACUUAGCUUUAUUUCUUUUUCUUCAUCUGUUAGCAUACUUUUCAGAGCACCCAACAAUGGAUUGUUAAAUAUAAGGGCACAGGUUACUCAUGAUGCUUCUGCAGAGACUGUGGGCUACACCAUAUAAUGUUAUUUGGAAAUAUAGGUAUUUUAGUACAGUACAUAACUUGCAUUACAUAGGUACUUCAUGCGACACAAUAAAGAGUAAAUGUUAAAAUGAA